AUGAAUACUAAUGAAUUAUAUUAUUCUUCAAAAAUUAAAGGAUUAGUUCGAAUUGCAAGUGGACUUCUAGAUAUUCAUAAUGCUGGAAAAGUUCAUAAAGAUUUUCAUUCAGCCAAUAUAUUAUAUAGUAGUAGUGGUUCAUAUCCAUUUAUAAGUGAUUUAGGAAUGUGUCAACCAGCAAAUAAUGAAAAACAAUCAGUUAAAAAAGAAGGAAUUUAUGGAGUAUUGCCAUAUAUGGCACCAGAAUUUUUACGUGGAUAUCAAUAUACAAAAGCAUCUGAUAUUUAUUCAUUUGGAAUAAUGAUGAAUGAAUAUAUAUCAGAAGAAACUCCUUAUAAUAAUGUUCCACAUAAUCAUGCUUUAGCCAUUAAAAUAUGUAAAGGACUUAGACCAAAUAUUUUUAAAUAUACACCAAAAUUACUUGCAGAUUUGAUUACUAAAUGUUGGGAUGCUGAAGCAGAAAAUAGACCAACUGCUGAGGAAUUGUAUGAAACAUUAAGUAAAUUGCGUAGCCACAAAUAUGAUAUUAGUUCUCAAGCAAAUGAAUAUGAUGAUAAAAUCAAAUUAAACAGAACAAGUGAAAAAAGAUCUAAAAACAUUCAAACACAUCCACAAGCAAUCUAUACUAGUAGACUUUUAAAUUUCAAAAAUCUUCCAGAACCAAUAAAUUCAGACGUUGCUAAAACAACAAUACAUCUUGAUGAAAUUAAUCAAGAUGAAGAAAAUAAUAACUGA